AUGAAGAUAACGGCAGACCAUACAGGAAGUUCAAGCCUUAAAAAUCUUUUAGUCCCUACUAAUAACAUAUUACUUAUAUCAUUUUCUAGAGUGUCAUUUUCUAGUCCACAAUCCCAUAAAGAAACAAGAGAUGAUGAGUUUGUAACUGCAGUAGCAGCUGCAACAUUUUCCAUUUACUCAUUAGAAGAAGCAGGGAUACUUGAUUUGAAGAAAAUAAGAGAUAGUCCCAAGUUUUCAAAGAACCAAUCUAUAGCAAGGCAACCAAGUUAUGGUGAAACAUCAAAGGAAAGAGCAUUUAGAGAAGAAAGCAGGACUAGAGAAGGUGCUUUACCUCUAAGAAGUUCAAGUGGUAUAUCCUCAAUUGGAGGGUAUCAAAAGCAAAAAGGGAUUAUAAUACAUAACAAAAAUGAUAAGGCAAAAGCAGAAGCUUGGGAAAAGGCUAAGCUACAAAGGAUUCAAAAGAGGUAUGAGAAGAUGAAGCUCCAAAUCCUUUCUUGGGAAGGGGAGAAAAGAAUCCAAGCCAAAAUCCAAAUGGAAAGGAAAAAGAAUGAAAUGGAUCAUCAAAGAGAAAAUGUAAUAGAACAUUACAAGAGAAAGAUAGCAAGGUUAGAUAUGAUUGGACAAAGAGCAAUCAAAGAGUUGGAAGAUCAAAGAAGAAAACAAGAGUUGAAAGUCAAAGAAAAAGCUAACAAAAUUAAAAAAACUGGCAGGGUGCCUGUCACAUGUUUCUGUUUCAAGUCUUUAUAG